AGACAGAGCGCAUCAGAGCACGUUGAGGAGAGGAGGACAGAGAAGAAGCAGAGCAGUGGAAAGAGGAGAGCAGAGUGAGGAGGGGAGAAAAGUUACCAGGUCAGCAAUAGAACGUGGAAGUGGAGCAGCUGAGAAUCACUGGGGUCUCACUCCCACUGGAGCAGCAGCACAGCAAUAAGCAGCACAGGAGGAGAGUGAUAUUUCAUGAGGGGAUAGAGGGAGUGCUGUAACUUCUUCCUGGAAAGACAGUCCUUUCUUAAGGCGAGGGUAAUGCUCCUCACAGGACCCUUCUGCACAGCUACUUCAGGACUAUCACAGCAAGACGGCAGCUGCAAGCAGAAGACAGUUAAGUCUGGCAGAGGAGCCUGAGCAGUGCAGCUCUACUCACUUCUCUAUUGGAGACUUUCUGAUCCAAUUUGUGCGCCUUGAAGUGGAUGUAGUUGCGUGUCUGUGAGGCUUUUAUCUUUUUUUUUUUUUGCUUCAAAGUGUGAAGCAGUGGAGAUUUGGGGGGCGAGCUAUUCUGUCCUGUCAUCUCUGAGACUAUGGUAGACUGUGCGUCAGGGAGCCCUUCAUCAGCAGCUUCAGCCCUAGAGCAUGGAGAAGUCCAGCAGUGAGGAGUCAGCCAUUCACCGUAGCCCCUCAGUAGAUAGCCGAGACUCCGAUUUUGCUCAAGCCUCCACGUCUGGCCGCCCGUUUGGCGGCCGCGGGUUCACUGCCGGUGCUUUCUACGGCUCCACGGGGCCGCGCAAAAACGCACAGCAGGGGCAGGCUGGAGCGGCAACUGACGCCAGCGCAGGAGACAAGUCCAACAACAAGCACAGCUCACCCAAAGGCAGCAAAUACGUAGUCUUUUACCUGGAUUUAUCCUUUGUCUUCCUUUUAGAAUUCAAGAAGUGCAACAUGGCAAGAGGCUGCCUCUGCUGCUUGAAGUAUAUGAUGUUCAUCUUCAAUCUCAUCUUCUGGUUAUGUGGGUGCGGGCUGCUCGGCGUGGGCAUCUGGCUCUCUGUGUCCCAGGGCAGCUUCGCCACCUUCUCGCCCUCAUUCCCCUCACUGUCGGCUGCCAACAUGGUCAUCGCCAUCGGCGCCAUCGUCAUGGUAACGGGCUUUCUCGGUUGCCUGGGUGCCAUCAAGGAGAACAAGUGCCUGCUUCUGAGUUUCUUCAUUGUCCUGCUGAUAAUUCUCCUGGCAGAGCUGAUAUUGCUCAUCCUGUUCUUUGUGUACUCAGAUAAGGUGAGUGAGAAUGCUAAGCAGGAUCUGAAGGAUGGCCUGGCUCUCUACAACUCAGAAAACAACAUAGGCCUGCGAAACGCCUGGAACAUCAUCCAGGCAGAGUGGAAGUGCUGCGGUGUGAUAGCAUACACAGACUGGCACGAGGCCCUGAAGGAGAAAGUAGUUCCUGACCGCUGCUGCCAGGAGCAUUACCAGAACUGUGGACGUAACUCCACCAACAUGUUCUGGAACAGGGGCUGCUUCGAGAAAGUGGAGGAAUGGCUGGAUGAAAACAAGCACCUGCUGGGAACCAUAGGCAUGGUCAUCUUGGUAGUGCAGCUCCUGGGAAUGGCGUUCUCCAUGACGUUGUUCCACCACAUCCACAGAACGGGUAAAAAAUAUGACGCUUAGCCUUGGGGAGAAGGCACCCAACAGAGAGGAGCCCCACUGCCUGAUGGGAUAAGACUCUGAUUUAAACACCCCUGCUUCCCCUCCUUCACUUGAUAACACCUCUUUAGAGAAUCCUUUGCCCCCCCCCUCCACACCACUUCCCAGACCUUCUGUACAGAUUCCAGCUGUGUCCCCCACUCUGAUCUGCUCUCUCCUCUCACCCUUGAUUUUGCCAAAGAGUAACACAACUGGAAAACAAGGGACACCUACUUUUGGCAAGGAAGAGAAUCCCAUUGGUUAUCACCUCCUCUAUGAGUACUUUUUGUUUUUUUGCUUGGACUAACAACUUGCUGGAAGGAAGGACAGACUUUGAGAUAAUUAAGACUUUACUAAUGCCCACCCCGGCCCAUUGAGGCAAAGCGAACAUAUGAAACUCAUAAUAUCCUCCACCUCUUGUGGAGUUUUUUUGUUUUUCCUCAUGUUGAAUAAAGUCAAGCCCCCAUUUUCCUUUGUAAAUGAAAAAAAAAAGUUCCAACAUGGCAUGCUAGUUUUCUACUUCACUGAUUUACCUUUGUUGUCGAAAUGUCAAAAGAUUUUAUUUUUUCUUGUUUUUGUUCUUAGAUUUUUUUUUUUUUUUUUUUUGGUAAGUGUGUCAUCAACGCUACUGUGGAAUGUGAGUGUUGAACGGAUCAGAGCAAUGAGCUCUCAGACUUGCAGUGUGUGUGUGGGGUUGGAUUUGACGUGACGUUGCUGCGGAGGUGCACAGAUAUGUCGGGAUGGUGUCUAAUGUAAUCCAAGAUUUUUAUUUUUUUUCCACUCAGCUAUAGAGAUUUGGGUAAAGUGAAGCCUGAGGAAUCAUCAGUGGAUUUAUUUCAUAACAAAUUCUGCAAAAUCUUCUGAAUAAUAAAUUGUAACACACAAAUCUGCCUGUGAACACACACACACACUCACACACACACACACACACACACACACACACUUUGUGCUGCCACACUACAGCAGUAUUCCCAUUCCCUCUGAGACGAUACAAAUGGUGUAAAAUGGCUGUUUAUUAGGGCUCCACCAGGACUGUCAAGUGAAGAGAUUUGGGUGAUGAAGUUCCCCCUUCGAGAAUACAGACUGAAUUGUCUGUAUGCAUGUGUGUGUGUGUGUGUGUGUGUGUGUGUGUGUGUAUGAGUGUAGCUUUGUGGGUGUGUUUUAUCACGUUGUCCAAGCUGCAAAGAAAAAAAAAAGAAAAAAAAACAGAACUUAGAAAUAUGGAGAAGCAAAGGCACAAGGGGGCAAAAACAGAGCAGACAUGUUGUCUCGCUGCUACCAUCAAUUGUGUUAGCGGAGGCGGUUAGAGCCUUUCUCCUCUAUAUUCUUGAGAUCUCAUCCGUUUGCUCUGCCCUCCUCAUUCUUUCUCUCUCUGGCUGUCAAGUCCCCCGUGGCUCAAUCUUUCUUUUUUUCACCCCAAUUUUCUCCCCUCAUGUCAGAAAGCAAUGAGCUUUUUGCUGCGAAUGUACACACAGUAUCUCUGCUGACAUUCCUGCUCAUCAUGCAGUUCAACCUCUGGUUUGCAACUUCUCAAGAUUAUUCGUAAGCUUCCCUUUUUUGCUGCCAACAGAGGAGGGGGUGGCAGGAGUGUAGGCAGAUCAAAGCUGAGACAGAUAGGUAUGGCAACAUGCCCUGUAGGACACGUCUGUUUGUGUCUGUUUACCGCCGAUUCACUGCUGGAGGCCUUUGCAUCAGCCUUCCUCCUUAAGACUGAAAAUACUCUACAUCUGCUUUGGCGACUUAAAAUAUGCUCCAGUGUGUCUUCUCUGGGCUUCAAAAUUUCUGCGUGUACACGACAGAAAUGGUGGUAUAGAGGACUAGCUCACUGUUAAAGGACAGUUUCAGCUUUGGUUAUGGUUGGAUAUUGUUGGCUAUGAUUGCAUGGUACUGUCCAAAGUAAAUGCUGAGGUCUGAGAAAAUGGCUGUAUCGUUUUAGUCCAAUGGGGCAAGAAAUAAGCGGUCGCUGAGAGGAAAUGGUCAGAUGAUCAGAAAGGUUGUAAACAACACUUGAAAUGUCAGUAAUAACCCCUCAUUCCACAGGAAAGCUGUGUACAACAGGUUGAAGUGGAACCCGAAAGUCUGUAAACUCUGAUCAUUUUCAAUCAAUAGUUUGAGUCAUGAUUUUGCUGUUGAACUUUGUUUUUGUCCAAAUAGGUUUGAUUUUGAUUUUGGACACAGGAAGAGGACAUUCAUUUUCUUCAUCCUUUUGUUAAUGCUGCCUUUGAAGCUCCAACUGACUCCUGUUUCUCCAACCAUGGAAACAGCCACAAGUUUCAGUUAGUUAGUUAGUUGGAGUAGGUGGCAAUUCAAGAUAUUGAAUCUGGUUAUGUGUUUCUUGCCCCAUCAGCAAAGAACUUAGAGUACUAUUACCGAUAGGAAUGAUGGCUAAAACCAGAAAAAUGAGACCAUGCUGUAAUGUGCUGAAAUUAUCCUUUAACAGGAGAGGGCAGUUUAUCAUUUGUUUGCUGCUAUUGAAAGCUGAGUAGAGAAAUCGUUGGGACCAGAAGUGGCUGUGUUCUAAAUUUUAUCCAAGGUAAUCGUUGAGAGGACAGUUUAUUGCUUUGGAUGAAACCUUGAAACACAGACAAUGUGCAUUGCUGCUACAUGAGCUAACAAAUGACUUGGCAAAGAAAAAAAAUGCCCUCCAAGACUCACUCAUUGGACAUUCUUCCAGUCCUGUUUGCCUCAAAGUAUUACCUGAGGUCAUUCUUUGCAUUUUUAUUUAUUUUUUGGGGUUUUCUAAUGACUUAAUCUGUGAGACAUCGUUUAAGGACAAAGUGGAGGGCGGGGGGUGGGGGGGCAGCAAUAGAUUUGGGCUGCGAUGCGCAGCGACCCUGCUGGCUGUGAUUCACUGCCUGCCCCCAUAUGCUUCAACUCUUCUUGUUGUGUCCACAGGGGGAACAUGACAGCUGCUGAUGUACAGCACAGGCACGAGUGGUCACAUCUCUGCUUGGCUGCCUCCACAAACUCUCUGCACAUCCCUUAUUUACCGCCUCGCUCUGCAGACACCCGGCGCUACAUAUACAGUAGCUGGCAGCACUGACACAGUAGGAAAUACAGCUGUGCUCUUUGGACGCCUUCAAGCAGCUAUGAGGUAAAUUCUGCACCCGGUAGAGGGUUAUAGGAGGAAAAGCUGUAACAGUUCUGUAAAUCAGACUGCGAUGUAUCCUCACUGCAGGCGAGAAAUUUUCAAGAAACACAAGAUAAACAUUUUUGUUGUGUUGCUUCGUCUUGCUUUGGGUGGAAAAGUGUUUAAACGCAGAUGUCACAGAAAACGUCCUAAAGCAAAUCCAGUGCCUGUCUCCAAACUUAACAUCAUACUUCAGAGAGCCAGCCUGCAAACUCUGUAACUCCUUGCCCCCGCGACUGAUCUGACUGCGCUGACAUUCUGACAUUUUCUCCUCCAUGUGAACUCCCUCUCAGCUCUGCCACCGUCACUUAGCUUCCAUGUCAGAGAAAAUGUUUUUGAAAGCUAGGAUUGAAUGCCAUUUUAACAAAGGCUGUUUAAUGAUGUUAUUUUUGUACAUUGGUUGUCGCUGUUUUCAUGUUCGUUUUUAUACGAUAUAUUGUUGUUUCUCUUGUUGUAGGCUGUUGUUUUACUGUCUUUUUUUUUUUUUUUUAAAUUCACGACAGGUUCAUUGUCACACAUUGUGAGAACAUGACACCAUUAAGCAUUUGUUUCUCAGAGGAUUAGUCUUUGCGAUGUACCUCUACAAGGUGCAAAUACGCCUUCCUGUCUUAACAUUGCUGUGAGCAGUUAAAGCAAUUAAGUCAAAAUUGAUAGAGAGGGAAAAAUUUGGCAUAUAGCAUCGGGUGAAGCCCACAAAAGGCAUACUGCACGCUUGUCGACGUGCGUCUCUGUAUUAAGAUCUAGUUUAAUUAAAUUAGGUUGUGCUGUUAUAAUUUACAGUGUGUCUUUUAAAACUGCCAGUGCAAGGCCCAUUAUGUGUUUCUAGAGCAUGUACUAUUAGAUGAUACUACAGCACAGAGCUAAGGUUACUACAGUUUAUCAGCCCUGUACGUUAGCCUCGGAUGUAAAUAUGCCCAUUUUACAACUGAUGUAACUUACUUUACCUCUGCCACUUGUAACCACAUUUACAUUCAGAUUAUUUUCUAUUUUCUAAUUUUUCUCACGCCUAACAACCCAUGCACUUUUGUGCCCAUUUUACAGAAAUAUCUUCUACCCAUAUCCUUUUCAUGUUUAAAAGUUUUUCUGCCUCUGUUUUCCUUUAAAGUACAGGAGCAGUGCUGCAUUACAUUUUGUGGUAAGACCCAUUUUUUUCCUGGUUAACAGUUGUUGUUUUUUUUCUUUUUUUUGGAAGGAGUAUAAAGUAUUCCCUCUCAUCCACAGAAGCACUCUCAGUAAGCCACAGAGAUUGUAAAGGAAGAAUGCACAUGCAGUAAUUGGGUUUUGUCUGCUGUGAAAAAUUUUGAGCUACAGAAACUGUUUUUUUAUUUUUUAUUUUUUGCCAUAUUAUUUCUGUAAUCUCCUCCUAACCCCCCCGCCCCCCCCCCCCCCCCCCCGUACUACAGCUGAAUAUCUGAGCAGUGGAAAUGUAUGCUCUAGAAAUGGUGUGUUUGAUGUUGUGUUCUGCUGGGUGGCACUAUCUGAUACCUGCCAGCCUUGUCCUGUGGAGUUUUCUGCUACAUGUGAAAGCACUCUGAAUAUCUAUACUAGGUGGUGCACUACCUUCUCUUUAUUCUCUAAAUCAACUAUUUUUUAAAUAAAGGAAAGAGUGUCACAAAAAUCCCACGAUAACGUACGCUCAUUGCCUUUCAUGUUUAAUGACUCGAUGCUCCUGAUGUGUUCCUUUCAUGUGUCACUGUCAAUUACAAAGGCAGCGCUUUACACAAGUGCUUGGUGCUGACUUUUUUGGGGGGGGUGGUUUGGUAGACAGGACUUGGCAUGUGGAGCAAAGUGAAGCUGUGUCACGGCAGAUCCCAUGGUGUAUUCAGUGAGAGACAGUGGCAUCACUGCUUUAAAACUGACCUCUUUUUAAAAAAAAAAUAACGAAACCUGAGGGACUGUUGUCCUAAAGACGCUGAGAUGAGCUAAGGGUAGUCAGCCAGUCGUGCAGAGGGUUUUAUUUUAUUUUUUAAACAAAAAAAGUAAGAUGAUGAAAGUGGGAACCAUUGCCAAUUUGUCUCAUAUUUCUACAGCAUGGAGUGAGCAGCAGAGUAUUUUUGUAUGGAGCUAUACCCCCCCACCCCCCCCGCUUUUUUUUUUUUUAUCCUAAUUGUUAUCGGACCCCUGUGUGACAGUCAGUGGAGUUUAUUGUGCCAUUCCAUCCUGGCUUUUUUGCUUUACAUCACUGUUCCUUCUAUGCAAAAA